AUGGCGUUUUCAAGAUUUGCAGUUUUGUUAGUCAUGGCUCUGGUGGUGGAAUCUGCCUUAGCACAGUUUCCAGAAUUUGCACCUAAGUUGGCACCUAUCAAAGCUCCGGAGAUUGCUCCUGCUCCAAAGUAUACUCUUCCACCACCAGUUGUUCAUGCUCCUCCUACUCCUCCGGCAACCGCUACUCCUCCUACAAAAUUGGCUCCUCAUCCGCCACCUACUGCUCCUCCUCCUCCUACUACUCAUGAACCAGCCCUAGCUCCUGCUCCAAAGAAGGUAUCGCCGGUACCGGCGCCUUCGGUGAAGCCUCCGACUUCAACCGAGUACUACUUGACUCCAGUAGCAAGCCCAAAGGGAGCACCAACAAGUGCAGCUGGUUCUUACAGAGUAGGAGCAACUGCUCUCUUGGUUAUUGCCUCUGCUGCCUUUUUGCUGUAG